AUGGACCCCUCCUCGAGCAGUCUCCUCUAUGUAAAACCUGAGCCUCAAGAACAGCGAAUCCUGCCUCUGUCUACGUCGACGACGUAUCAGAACGCGUAUCCUGUCGCCGAGCGCUCCGGUAUUGUCGACUCGCGGCCUGCGGGUCCCUCGGCGGCUGGUGCCAUUGUGAGCCAAAAUGUGGCUGGUGCGUCAAAUGGAACCACAAUCGAUUCAGCAUUAGUGGAUCUCUCCUCAGUUCUUGUGAAGGGCGAGGAUGAUCACACUCAAAUUCCUAACCAAUUGGCACUUCAAGUCGCCCCGGAAUCCCUGCGUUCACUAUACAAUUUAUAUGGAUCUGUAGACGAGAUUGACUACUUACCCGAAAACGUCUUCAAGGAAGGGCUCGGCAUGGUGAAAACCAUCGACGCGAACAUCAAGAAGCUGGAGCUUGGUAGUAAGUUACGAGAAGAUGUCUGGGUAAGGGAGGUGGAAAGUCUGCAAAGUCAGGGGGCACCUACUACGAUGAUUGCAGUCUGUGGUGCAACUGGAUCCGGGAAAUCAUCAACUCUUAACGCAAUCCUGGAUGACAACAUUGUACCUACCAGCGGCAUGCGAGUAGUCACUGAAAUUGGAUAUCAUACCAAGAAAACCAUUGACGCGGACGUCUCCUUUUUGUCAGAAAAUGAAUGGCGGGAUGAAUUAGCUGUCUUGCUUGAUGACAUGAUUGACGAAACUGGUAACGUGAAAAGGACUACAGAUUUACGCGGAGAUGCAGGUGUUGCCUGGCAGAAGGUGCAUGCUGUUUACCCAUUGAUCACUCAAGACCAGCUUGUACAGAUGUCAAUUGACCAGAUCAUUGAUCGCGAUCUCAAUAUCAAGGCCAUCCUUGGCACCACAAAGCAUAUAGUUGCCAACAACUCAAAAUUAUUUGCCAAAAAGAUUGCGAAGUACAUAGACUCUAAGGAUCAGAAGCGUGGAGAAAAGAAGGAUAAGGAGUCGAAGGAGAAAGAGAAAGAGAAAGAAAAGGAUAAGGUCAAGAGCCUGAUGUCAUUGUUGCGCAAGGAUAAUGGUAAGAAGGAUGACCGUGAUGACGCGGCUUUUUGGCCGCUUAUCCGACAAGUCAAUGUUCGCUGCAAUUCGCCAGCCCUUUCAACGGGUGCUAUUUUAGUCGACCUUCCCGGUGUUGCAGAUGCAAACGCAGCGCGCAAUAAUAUCGCCAAGGAUUACAUGAAAAAGUGCGAUUGUAUCUGGAUUCUGGCUCCCAUCACACGGGCCGUUGAUGACAAGACUGCUCGAGACCUACUGGGCGACGCAUUCAAGAUGCAAUUGAUGAGUACGUCUACUUUCCUCUCUGACCUCAAUUCGGGGACUGAGCCUAAUUUUUAUGGUAUCUAUGACGAUCACGCAAUUACAUUCAUAGCGACUAAAUGUGAUGAUGUCUCCUGUUCGGAGAUCAUACGCGCGUUGAAUCUUGAAGAUGAGACUGAGCUUGUCGUGAUCGAGGCUCAAAUUGAUGAAUGUAAGGACGGUACAGAACAGUGGAAGGAUAAGAAAGCAGAAGCUGAGAAAGCUGCAAAAACGAUGAAUCGACAUUUGAAGGAAAUGCGAGAGUAUCUAGAAGAAUACGAGGCACAUUUGAAAGCACUAGAGAACGGUAAAUCUUUCGAACCACGUAUGACUGCAAACACUGCAAACAACAAGAAAUCGAACUCACAGACUGCUAGCGGAAAGAAGCGCAAGACCACUCGUGAUGGCAAGCAGGGCCCCUCAAAGAAAAGAAGGGGCAGCGAUGAAGACGACAGCAGCAUGGCUGUAGAUGACGAUGAUGAUUUCAUGGACGACGACGAGCUCGAAUUCUCUGAUUCUAACAGCGACAAUGAUUCGAGUGAUUCGAGUGAUAACAACGAUUCUCACUCUAAAUCCGAAGCCAAUUUCGACAGCGACGAUAACUAUGGUGAGGACGAUGAGACUGAAGAAGCAGAAGAAGUUACAAUUGAUAGCCUGAAGGCCAAAAUCGAGGAAGCAAAGGACGCUAUCAAAGUCGGCCGCGUGCAGCUAUCGGAGUACCGCAAGGAGCGAAAAGAGGCUGCUGAUAUGUUGGCUACGCUGAAAAAGAGACAACUCAAAAUUCAGCUAGAAAAGAAUGCAUUCUGUUCAUUAAAACGUUCAGAGUUCUCUCGCGACGUUUUGAAGGAAGAUUUUCGCCAAGGGUUGAAGGAUCUUGAUGAUGCUGCGGCUGAGCAGCGCGAUCCAGGGAAUUUCGAUACUACCGUUGACAUUCGCAACUACGCCGCUAUUGAUCUACCUGUCUUCACGUGUUCAUCUAGGGACUAUGUACGCUUGAAAGGCCAGGUCAAGGGCGACGGCGACCCCACUUGUUUCUCAAAGGUCGAUGAUACAGGCAUCCCCGAGCUGCAGAAGUGGUGUCAUCAGCUGACGGCCUCCUCCCGCGAAUGCGCCGCUCGUAAUUUCCUCGUUCACCUGAAGACGUUUACAAAUUCAGUGCGGACGUACGUGCAAGGCAUAGGCGACGUGACCGUGGGCGACCGCGAGACAUUGCGGGAGAAAUGGGAGUCUACCCCUCUCAAUGACGACGACGGGCUGGUCUCUAUGCUAUAUAACGGGGUCUGGGGAGGCUCCGACGGCCUUGAUGAAGUUGCGUAUGAUAUCCUGGGACGAGCGGGACUCUCGUCGAUGAACGCCAACAAGCUUCCUCCCAAGGUAGACAGAUUCGGUGAGCGGAUCGGCAUAACGCCUCGACUAGUGAAAGAUUUCAAAAAGGUAAUCGAUGAUUGUGUUCUUCAGCUGCAGAAUAUCUUCCGGGAAGGCCUUGAGGAGAAGUGCCGAGUAGGGGCGGCAAAUGCUGCCUCUGCUGCUGUCCAGACUUCGGACUCGUUCGCGGCUGGGAUGCAUUGGGCGACGUACCGAGCCACUCUUCGUCGACACGGAUCCUGGCGCCAAGACCUCAACGUGGAGUUGACGAACCCGUUCACGCGGAACAUCGCCAGUUCUUGGUCAAAGGUGUUCGAAGCUGAUCUGUUCCUCGCCUUUGACAAGGCUGCUACGGAUGCAAUCAACAAGCUGCUUGCGGACGUGGAGGAGAGCACUGCCAUCGGGCUCAAAGAGCGCGCCAAGGGCCAGGGCGAGCUUUGCCAAGAGGAGGCGCGGCUUGCGCUGAGGAAGACACUCGACAUCGUAAGCGAGACAAUUCAAACCGAGCAGAAGGAGAUCAGCCGGUGCUUGGCGCCGCAUGUGCAGAAUCAGCUGGUCGAAGGGUACGAUCUCGCGAUGGAGGAGAGAGGGCCUGGCAGCGUCGUGCGCCAGAAGGGUGUGUUCCACGAUUUCGUAGAUAACAUCAAGAACGAAGUCUUCAAUGACGGUGCGGAGGUCAUCAUGGGGAGGUUGUCGAAUGCCGCAGAAGCUAUUGGGCGAGCGCUGGAGGAUGCGCUGGAGAAGCUGGCGGAGAAGGCACGUAUAUGCGUUGGAAUCGAAGUCAGCAUCGCCGUGCUCUGGGAGGGCCCCCGCGACGACCCAUCCCAAGUCAAGGCCCGCGACGCAAUUGUUGCGACCAUGACCGAAAUCCUGGAGCAAGUGCAAUUUUGGCAACAGGCCGAACGGCGUCGACAGUUGGAAGCGCACGAUUGA